AUGGAUAUACCAGACCGUCAACAAUCCGAACUGAAUCCCAUCCCAAUUCCUGAUAGCGCGGUUGCUGAAGUGAAAGCGGGUAAAGACCAGUGCUUUGGAUGUGCACUCUUUGGACACAUGCAGCAACAUUGCCCAUCUCGCGCUUCCAAGCUAGGUCGAAGCGCACGACCAUACAAGGAUUGGCGACACGUAAUGGGUACACGCAAGCUUUAUAGUGUCAACGUUUUGUGGCCUCCGGCCCCUGUGGCUACACCUAUGCCUGUUGUUCCUCAUCACAUGCCCCAAGAUGCAAAUGCUGUCAACUUAGGUCAGCCAAUUGCCGAAGUGGAGAUUAUAAACGGGAACGAUGCUGUUAUCACCGCUGUGGAGAAUUCCGAAGUUCACACCGCCGUGGCAAAUGCCAAAGUUGAGGUAAUAGAGGUUAUACACGCUGCCGACGCCGUUCACACCGUAACACCUGAUGUGAUUGACUCAGUAGCUGUUCUAAACGUGAACAACGUCGAUCAUAAUCAUGAAGCUGCCAUGAUUUGCAGAACUGACGAAUAUGUCUCACCCAGCAAGCCCAGUGACCAGCCGAUCACCGGUUUAACCGAGAUAAUGCUUUUUGACAUUGAAGCAAUGAACUUACCCGGUAACCCAAUGGCCAUUGAUUCACACAAAGCGUUCUCACCUGCUGAAGUAUCGAUCAUCGCCGAGAAUGCCAUUACGCAUAAUGGUUUAUCCGAGAUAGUCUUAUUUGAAGGUGACAACACGAUCAAUUUAGAGUCACCUCCGAUCAACCAUAUACACGAAGAGGAUUUAGAACACUUUGUGAAACCUUAUACACGCGGUAACAUGGCCUAUACUAUAUUUCUAACCGCUGGCCAAAAGAAUGUGUGCCUGUAA